CAUAGAAUAGUCUGUAGCUGUAGGAAAACAUCGUCUCCCUCCCGAGUUUCGUGCGGAAAAUGACAUCCUCGCUGCGCUGCCUCACAGUCGGAGCUUGACCAAUCAGAAACACAAUUUAACAAGAGUGUCAGCCAUCAGAGUUCAACAUGACAUCCCUGCCCGUUGCAGAACAGGGAGUGCUUACAGUUGUCCCUGAUGAGCUGAAGUCGCUAGCAAAGUACAUCAUGCAUGGAUUCUACUCUGUGGAACAUGCCCUUGUUGUUGACCUUUUAAUCAGGAACACCAUCAUGAAGGAGGAUGACCUUGCUGACCUGCUCAAGUUCGACAAGAAACAGCUUCGGACUUUGCUGAUGAAAAUCAAGAAUGAUAAGCUCCUGAAGCAGGUGAUGCGAGUCGAGACGCAGGCCGAUGGCCGCGCCAUGAGGCACUAUUACUACUACAUCAACUACAAGACAUUUGUGAACGUUGUCAGAUUCAAGUUGGAUCGGAUGAGACAGAAAAUUGAAAACAGGGAGAGGGACUCUACCUGUAAGGCACUUUUCAAAUGUAUUGGUAAACAGUGUGAUAAGACUUACAAUGAGUUCGAUGCAGGAAACCUGUACGAUCCAUUCACGAUGAAGAUGAAAUGCACAUACUGUGGGUCAGAGGUUUUGGAGGAUGAGAGUGCAGUCCCGAAGAGAGAUGCUGUCACUCAGAUGGUGACAUUCAAUGAACAAAUGAAGCCCAUCUUUGAUCUGCUAAAGGAAGUAGAGCAUGUCAAGCUUUCACAAGAUAUCCUAGACCCAACGCCGGUCCCUCUUAGUGAAGCACAAAAGGGUCGUUUGGGUGAUCGAGGCUUGAACAUAGGAGGCCCUCUACAUGGCUGGAGAGAGAACAAUCGUAACCCUGCUGAACUUUACCAUCAAGACGUCACCAUCAACAUUGGAGAAAACAAAGGUCCAGCUAACAAUGAACCAGCACCCCGUGAACGUCCUGUCUGGAUGACAGAGAGCACUGUUGAUGGCGCUAUCAUAGAGGCCGCUUCAGGAAGCGCUGUUGAAACCAUGAAGGCGGAUCAAAAUCGAACCAACGCUGGGAAGUCACAUGAUGGCGAGAUCAUGAAGGCCCUGCUCGCUCAUGAGAGGAAAGUCGGACAAAGACCAAGCUUCCAUCAUGAACCUAACAGUGACAAUGAAAGCGAUGCUAGUGCCUCCGAUGAUGAGUUCCCUCAAGGUAGAACUGACCCUUUGCUAUCAGAGGACAGGCUGGCUUUUGGUACGUUGAUGGGGGAUGUGUCAAUGGGUAGACAGGAGGAAGAGGAAGAAGAAGAUGAGGAUAUGAUGGUGAUGGUCCAAGGGAGGCAAGUGCCUCUGGAUGAAGUCACUCCGGAAAUGAUCUCAGAAAUGGAUCAGGAAGAGAAGGAUGAAUAUAUCAGACUUGCACAACAAGCACAUGCUGACAUGUAUGAAUGAUCUUGUGGACUUCUUAUUUAUUCAGUAUCUUGCUUUCAGUGAGAACUCAACAUAAAUGGAUUUAUUUUUCAAAGUGAAAGGAAGGGGUGGAGGGGUACCCUUCUUAUAAAUCUUACUUUGCCAUAUGUGUAGACCAAUGAGACUUUAGUCAGAUUUUUUUUUUCAUUCAAAAUAGCAAAAUGAAAGCAAAAAUAGUAAGAUUUUGAACAGUUUGUGCAGUAUACUUUUACUGUGUAAUUGCCCCCAAAUAAGACUUUGUUUAAGUAAGAUUUUUUAUUUUUUUAAAGUUAGCAUGUAUCCUAUGCUCCAUUGUUUGAAAAUUAAUGUAUUAUGGUCACUUUGUCAUCUAGUGGUAACUGCUGUUAUGAUAUAUAAUAUCACUUUGGAUAUCUACUCACUUCAACUUGUAACAGCCUUCUCUAUCCCACUGCUGCCACUAGAUGACAGAUGACUUGGUAAAGACUGAGAUAUUUUGGGAUAUUUGGUCAACGUAUAUACAUGUACGUGGUGUUUUAACCAGGCUAGUCAAGUUGCCAUUGUCAAGUUGAAGUGUGUAGAUAUUUAUACUGAUAUAUAUCGUAAUAAUUGCCAUGGAAUUCUUGUUUUUGAUUGGCUAUUGAGCAUUUUUGCCAUGUAUUUUACCAUUUGAUGGGAAAUUUACAAGCAAAAAUUAGGCUAAUCAAGGAAUUGACACUUUAACCUGGAAGGUCAUAGAAAACUGUAAGAAUUUUUUCUAAGUGACUUUGAUUUAUUUGUGAAAUUGAUCACUAUAUUGUUCAACAAAUUUGCCCUUAGUCUAGCUACCAUUCACAACACUCAGAUUUAUUUUUGUGGUCAGGAAAAUCCAGGAAAUUUUCAAUUCGUAUGUGUAUUGUGGGUAACAGGUACCCCCUUUUCAGCACCAGUUUCAAAAACCUGGGGGGAAAGAUCAUUUGCUUUUGCAUGCCCCACUUUGUGGAAUAGCCUUCCUGAAGACAUAAAAAAUGUACCUCUGUCGAAACGUUCAAAAAUCUUCUAAAAACUUUUUUAUGUAACUCUUAGCUCUUUAUGCGCCUUGAGCACUCUACAGAGUGGAUUUGGCGCUUUAUAAGUCACAUUAUUAUUAGUAGUAGUAGUAGUAGUAUUAUAUGCUUAAGUAGCAAAAACACCCAAGCAAAAUAUAAAAAGUACCAAUGUUGAAUUUAUCUCUGAUGAUAAGGAAGGAUGUAACACAGAAAAUAAUUGACAAAAAGGUUUGUAGACAAAGUGGAUCAUAUGGGAUGAGACCAAAUGGAAAGUAAAAGAAAUAGGUUCAGACCAAGUGGUAUUUUACCGCAGGAUCAAUAUAUAAUAAUAAUAGGCAUUUAUAUAGCGCCAUCUGUCUAGAAGUAUUCUAUUCCGAGGUGCAUUGUUUAUUAUUAUUAUUACCCCGGCUUUAGUUCGAGCUGCCUUUCAGCGCUCAGUGCAUUCCAGGAAUUAAUCCUGCCAGGUACCCAUUCACCUCACCUGGGUUGAGUGCAGCACAAUGUGGAUAAAUUUCUUGCUGAAGGAAAUUAUGCCAUGGCUGGGAUUCAAACCCACGACCAUCUGUUUCAAAGUCAGAAGACCAAUCCGCUGGGCCACAACGCUAUAUGUUAUGUAUAUGCCAGAAGCAUUGUAAUCACAACUUUCCUAUGGCUUUGAGGUUCUGUUAAAGCUAAAGACUUAUCAACUCAUUUGAUUGGUUAUCUUUUGAGAGUACAUGUUGAUAUUACUAAAUUAGCUGGAUCCAAUCCAGUUCAAGUUUCAGAUGUCAAUAAGCCUGUUCACGGUUGUAAACUGCGCACGAGCAGAAAAAGGUCAAUGGAGACAACCAUGAAGGUGGCUUUCAAAUUCACUGACAUAGGCAUUUGUGAUUUGAUGAUUAUUCAUGUAUUCCUUUCAAAAUAUUUAUCACAUCCAAGCUGAACAGUAAUAAAUAGAGCCUUCAUAAUCACUGGUAUUUGACAGUAGCCUAAACAAUAGUCAAAUGUGCCAAAGGCAGACAAUAAAACAGAUUUCCAAACUUUAUCCCUGAUGUACUAUUCUAGUCACCUGGUCUAUACAAUGCCUUUUGUUCUUAGAAUUUGAAUACUCUACCGGUAAAGCUUACGCAACAUCUACAUUUGAAAAUGAUAGUGCUUAUCCUAAUGAAUAAUCACAAAGGUCAUUUGAGAAAAGUUGAUCAUGAACUAACCAUGAACUGGCUUAUUAUGAAGCAUGUGCAGUAAUCACAAUUUUUCCCAACAACUUGUGAAUGUACCACUGAGAAUUUAAUAAAAAUUGGAUGUAAAAGAAGUUUUUAUAAUAAGAGAAUGUGACAUAUUGGUCAGUACUUUAAAAAGAGGUUUCAAUUGAACCAUUUUAUAAUUCAAACCUUUUAGGUACAAUUUAAACCUCUCGAGAUUGCAGGCAAUGAAAUUUUGCACACAAUGAAAAAAUUCUCAACACAGUGGUGAGGGAUCCAAUUUUAUCAACACACCUUUUUUCUUCGCCCCCUCUCCCAUGAUGCUCAAAAUGGUUUGACUGUUUGUCUGCUCUAUUAGCAUGUGAAACAGUCACAAUUUAAUCAAGGGGUUCUUUAUCAUCAUAUCUACAAAAACUGAACAAUUGAUAUUUCAUGUACAGUAACAAAUUGCAAUUCAGAUAUUAAGGUAUGUGAUGCCAUCCACUCUCAUUUGCAUAUAACCUGUGUUAUACAGGUUACUGUAUUGAAACAGUGAAAUUAAACAAAUCUUUACUGUACAUAAACUUUCUAAGCUCUCAUCCUAUUUUGAUGAAAUUUUGAGUCUUAUGCUGCUUCAGUGUUUCUCGACUUAAUCAAAUCAAAUGGCUGUUGGGGGCUGACUUGGAUUUUAAGGAUUCCAGUUACUCAUAACAUCUCAAAAUUUAUACUAUUAUUUUUAUCUCUUGAGGCCACAGCCAGGUCAAGUGAACCUGCGAUAGAAAACAUAAUGUGUCUUUGUUUAUUAAUGUCUUCAUACAAAUUCAUCUAAUUUUUGACUUGGCUCAUUUAAAUAUGUUACAUUGAAGGAAAUGUAUUUUAAAACUUUUGUAAUGAGAAAUAUAAAAAUCCUUUAAAAAAAAAAUCGACUUUGAAGUAUACUUGAUUGCACAGUAUCAUUUAAAAAAAAGGGGGGGGAAUAUUAUAUUAUGGAAGAUUAAUGGAUGCUGCAAAUCGUAUUUAUUGUUCUGGUGUCGCAUCUUUACAAGUAGGCCUACAUGUGACUGUAUUGUUAAAGGGGAAUCCAACCCAAAUAAAAACUUGUUUUUAUAGGG